AUGCUCAGUGGCCAGCAAUACUUGAUCCGUCCUCACCAAGUCGACCUCGCCACGAUCGGCAGACAUCAGACAAUGCGGGGAGAACAUCCGGCCUACGGAGGAGACGCGGCGGACCGGAAGCCGUCUAGACUGGAGCAGAUGAGAGCAGACUACCAGAGGAAGUUGCUGAAAGAAAAGGAGGAGAAGAUGAUACAAGCAUACGAGGACAACCAACGGAAAGCGAUGGUCAGGAUCACCAGAAAUGGGAGUGCUGGUGCAGGAAGUGACCUGGCGACUCCACACAGCGGCAAAUCUGUUCGAGACUUCUUCAACGAACGAAGAAAGCUCGAGUCUAAGGGCGCCCCAGUCCCGCCUAUCGACAACCAUUAUCGCCUAGUCAAGGGCGAAGCCGGCAAAAAACUGAGUGCCGGAAGAGAUCGGUCCCAACCGCUCGCUCCACUCCACCGGCUAACUGAUGAACAGACUGGCGGUGGGAAGUCGGGAAUUCCCCUUCGUAAAGGUCAACACGGACAGGGCGACGAAAACCCUUUCAGCGCCAAACCCCGAAUGGUGAAACACGCCCCUCUGCCCCCAACACACCCUCCCCCCACACAGACUGACAACAACAACAACGGGGGUAGGGUGGGCGCACGUCACCACAGCGCCAAUAGACCAGCAGAACGCUUGCCAUCUGGGGGGGAGCACAAACUCACGGACUUCCAAAAGUGGCAGCUCGAGCAGAACAAGACGAGAGAGAAGCGACUCCAGAAGAUGAACAGCAAGAAACACGAGCUGGAGCCUGAGGAGCGCGGGUUCGGAUCCCGGCCACCCACUGGCGACACGGAGAGGAUCAAAGAGCUGGAGAAACAAUUGCUAGACAAGAUCGCACGGGAACAGGCAGCCUUGAGGAAACUUCAGAUUGAGAGAGAAAGAGAAGAAGAGGAGCGUAAAGAAUUAGAGAGAAGGAAAAAGAGAGAAGAGGCAGAAAGAGCCAGACAGAAGAAACUCGAAGAGGCAGAGAGAGCCAGACAGAAGAAACUCGAAGAGGAGAAGCGUAAAGAGGAGGAGAAAGCACGCAGGCAUGAAGAGGCAGCAAGAAAGAAACUAGUACCAGAAACGUAUGAGGACAGUCAAGAUGAGGAAGAACCGCCCCAAAGGACUCAAUUGAAAUCUUCAAAAUACAGCACCCCGAAACAGCCAACCCCGUCACGGUCAAAGGUCAAGCUGGAUGAGCACGAGGAAGAGCACGUGCCGUCAUCUGACGCCAACUACUACCUGCAGGCUGCCACGUCGUCAGAGGCCACCGGCUUCGUAGGCAGCUUGGCCAAGUGUGCCGUCUGCGGUCGAUCAUUUGCACAGGAACGUCUUAGAAAACACCAAGACGCAUGCGCAAAGGCAAAUAAACCUAGGAAAGAAUUUGAUUCUUCUAAAAAGAGAGUGGAAGGGACCGAGCUAGCAAAAUAUGCUGGAAAAUCGAGAAAACCCGAGCCACCGAAGAAAAAGUCCAACUGGAGAGCACACCACGAACAGUUCAUCGAAUCUCUACGCUAUGCAAAGAAAGUAACACAGAUUGAAAAAGAAGGAGGUGACUUACGAAGUUUAGCCCCUCCCCCCACAACCGUUGACCCAGAUCUGGUCCCGUGUCCCCACUGUGGACGGACGUUCAACGAGACGGCGGCCGAGCGUCACAUUCCACGCUGUCAGGCCCUCAAGACUCGACCAGCACCAAGCAACACGCGGAGAAAGUAACUUAGUCCACCACACAUUCCACCACACUCCACCACACACUCCAUCACACUCCACCACACACUCCACACACACUCCACACACACACACUCCACACACACACACACUCCACCACACACUCCACCACACUCUCCACAUACACUCAACACACACUUCAACACACACACUACAACACUUACACUGCAAAAAAUGCUGCAACAAACAGUGAAGUAAAAACAGCAAAUCACGCCUAAAAUCUACCACACAACAGUAAAUCGCGCCUAAAAUCUACCACACAACAGUAAAUCGCGCCUAAAAUCUACCACACAACAGCAAAUCACGCCUAGAAUCUACCACACAACAGCCAACCACACCUAGAAUCUACCACUAAAACGUGAGACUGAUACAAAACAUGGGUAAGGCGAAACAGCUGAUUUGAAUGAGAAAAUCGAAUGUUUCUACUCUAGUUACUUUUGUAGUUUUGAAGUGUUUUAUACAUCUUGAGGCUUACAGUGACAAUAUCCGGGACGGGGUGACACCAAAUGACAUCUAUAUAGUAUACUGUCCAUGUUGGCGAAGUAGGUGACACCCAGAGUUCCUGCAUCGGGUUUACUGGAAUCUACUCAAGACUUUCCAUUUUUAAAAUGAUUUGUUACACCACUUUCUAUUGGUCACUGAACAUGUUUCGUCUCUCGUCACUGGUCAGCUAGAGCCCAAUACUCAUACAACCGUUCACCUUAGCACUCGCAUCUUUCACUCAGCCGUGGUACAUGAGUGACUCAUCCCUCAAGUCUUUGUCCGUCCCACUGACCCGUCCCACCAAACUGACCCGUCCCACAAACUGACCCGUCCCACAAACUGACCCGUCCCACAAACUGACCCGCCCCACCAAACUGACCCGUCCCACAAACUGACCCGUCCCACAAACUGACCCGUCCCACAAACUGACCCGUCCCACAAACUGACCCGUCCCACAAACUGACCCGCCCCACCAAACUGACCCUUCUCUCCAAACUGAUCCGUCCCACAAACUGACCCGCCCCACCAAACUGACCCUUCUCUCCAAACUGACCCGUCCCACAAACUGACCCUUCUCUCCUAACUGACCCGUCCCACCAAACUGACCCCCGUCCCACCAAACCGACCCGGGAGCAGUACCUUGACCCAGCAAACGGGAUUAAGAUGAUCCCCCUGGAUUAGCCCUAGUCAAAUCUGAUUACUCCUCGCGUUUAACAGCUUGGCAAUAAAGUUGAUUUGAAUUUCUA